AUAGUCCCGAAGGUCAAGAAAAACUCGGACGGUUCGCGUCAACGUGUCAAAGCCAGCGACUUUGACAACAUCUCCAAAGAGAUUCUCACAACGGCCUGCUCAAUUUUUCGAUGUCUGAUUGUCACACGAGCCCCGUUUCCUGAUUCUGUCGCCGUCGAGACAAAUUUGGCCAAAGAGGCCUGGCACGAGGCAUGCAAAAUUAAAGAUAUUGAUGUCAAAAUAACACCUUUAGCAGUCAAAAUGCUCUUAAAUCGCACAUCACAUGUGCGAGGUGAACUCAAAACCAAGAUGCGCCUGCUGACUAGUUCUUUUUAUGGUUUCCGGGCAAGUAAUUCCAUGCAGGUGAUGCAACAGAACCGAGAUCGGGCAGAGUCGUUGAAAGCCGAUUCAGCCUUUAUAUUCAAGGACUGGUCGUCAAAGAAGGGAGUCUACAAAACCGAAUUGCUCCAAGAGGGCAUCAACCUCAUGUGGUUCUCAAAUCGGAACGACGAGGGCCUCAUCUACCAUAAGUACUUCAAUCCCUUUCCUGUUAGAGCUCUCGCACUCGUGCUUACAGCGAUCGAAUGUUGUAUCGACGAGUGGCUGCCAGGCAUCAAAGAAGACAUCAAGUUCACAUCCGCUACAUAUGGAGCUGUCUACAAUAAUCAUUUGGGCUCACUGCUGCGCUUUGAUGAGCGCACUGCACCUUACAAACUUCUCGAGAGAAUC